AGUUGAGAGAGGGAGGAGGGGUAAACUCAGGUUGGGGAUUAGGCAAUAUUCAUUGAGCGUGUGUGGACAUUCACUGAGCAGCGGCAGCAACAGUUUCUACAAACCCAGCCUCCCCACAACAAAAAGUUAAAUGGCUAAAUACAAGCCGUGGCUGGUUUCCUGCUUCAUCUUAGUGAGUUUAAUUUGCGCUGUGGCUCUCAUCUGUUUGUGCAUCGGCUCAAUCGCGGACAGAAGAUGUCCCAGCGGCAGCUUCAGGCGCGCGGCUGUGGCUGCAGACUCCAAGAGCUGUUCAGAGAUUGGCAGGAGCAUGCUCCAGCAGGGAGGGUCGGCAGUAGAUGGCGCCAUUGCAGCUCUUCUGUGCACAUCUGUGGUCAAUCCUCAGAGCAUGGGGAUUGGAGGAGGGUCUAUAUUCACCAUAAGAAAUAAAGCAGGGAACGUUAAAGUCUACAACUUCAGAGAGACUGUCCCUCAGUCAUUCAACGCUAACUUGUUAAAAGAGUGUCCCACCACAUUAAGCCUUUGCACAGGCAGCCAGUGGAUCGGAGUUCCUGGAGAGCUUCGAGGCUAUGAGGCAGUUCACAAGCAGUAUGGGAGGCUGCCCUGGGCCAAGCUGUUUGAGCCAACAAUUGAACUGGCCAGGAAAGGCAUCCCUUUGCCAGCCUUUCUGGGAAGUCUCCUGAACAACCCCAUUGUGAAGCCGUCCAUGGAAAAAUCAUCUCUCUGUUCUCUGCAAAUUGUCUGCAACAAGAACAAAACUGUUCUGAGCACAGGAGACAUUCUGAAGUUUCCUAAACUCGCUGAAACCAUGGAAACCAUUGCAAAGCAAGGGGCAGAUGCCUUCUACACUGGCAAGAUAGGACAUGACUUAAUUCAAGACAUACAAGCUGCAGGUGGGACGUUGACAAUGCAGGAUCUGAAGUCUUUCAAGGUGCUGGAGCAGGAUGCAUGGACAGUUCCUCUAGGAAAUACUCAAAUGCACAUCGCACCACCGCCUGCUGGGGGCGCCCUGCUUGCCUUCAUUCUCAAACUGAUGAAAGAGUUUUCCUUGACUCCAAACUCCCUACACGGUGACCAGAAGAUUCAGAUGUACCAUCAUUACAUAGAGGCUGUUAGAUUUGCUAAUGGACAAAAGAGGAACAUUAAUGAUCCUGACUUCAAUAAUGGAAAGAGUGCAGAUCAUUUGAUUGAUCCCUCCUUCAUUAAGCACAUAAGAGGGAUGAUUUCUUCAAACCGCACCCAUAAUAACUCCUACUACAAUAUCAGCCCUUCCUCUGAUCACGUUGGGACGACACACGUGUCCGUCCUGGAUGAAGAUGGACAGGCUGUGUCUGCCACCAGCACCAUAAACCAAUUAUUCGGAGGUUGCGUUUACUCUCCAAAAACAGGCAUCAUCCUCAACAAUGAGCUGUCUGACUUUUGCGAGAGAGCAGACACUGUUAGAGCAGGUGAACGGCCUCCCUCCUCAAUGACUCCAGUAAUACUGGAGUCAAAGUCCGGCAGAAUCCUUGUUAUUGGUGGAUCGGGAGGAAGCCUGAUCACCACAGCAGUGGCCUUGUCUAUAAUAAAUCACCUGUGGCUGGGGAUGAAUCUGGAAGAUGCCAUUGCUGCUCCCAUAAUUUUUGUUGAUUCGCAUAACAGGGUGAAUUUUGAGCGUGGUUUUAACAAGUCUGUGAGCAAUAACCUGGAAGCUCUUGGACACAGACCUGGAAACUGGCCAUACUUCUUAAACGUAGUCAAUGCUGUAGAGAAGGAGAAAGGCUGCAUUGUGGCUGUGUCUGACAAACGGAAGACAGGAGUGUCAUCUGGAUACUGACCAUACGACGACCAUGAGGACGCAACACCUUCCCACUAAAAUCCGCCCUUAAGACUGACUGAGCUUUUAGCCUUAAGAACGAUGAAUGUGCCACAUCCCUGACAACAAAAUGUGAGCAAUGUGGAGCUUCAGUUCUUCCCUGAUAGAACUGAAUAGCAACAGGAAAUUACUAAUCUCAAAGGGUAAUUCCAGUGUAUCAUAUCUCAGAUCUCAUUUUCAUAGUUUUGGGUAUCAUUUCUAUCGGUUAGACACCAUUGUACCCACCGAAGUAAUUGCAGAGAUCCUGGAAAUCGCCUACAUGACUCCAGAUUAUUUGGAGAUAAAGCGAAUGUUAAAAGGUGAGAAAGAGAAAAUGUGAAUAAAUUCACGUUUGCAUGCACUACUGUUAUGUGAAUAUUAGGAGUUGGCUGCAUAGAGAUGAACACACUAAUUUUCCAGUCGGGUGCCAUGAUGUAAUUGAAGGAGCCUCAAUCAAAUCUCAGAAGGGUGAAAACAAAGUAGAAAAAUGUGGUGGAGAUGUAGCAUUUGUGUUUGUUUCCUGCUCUCAUUUGAUGAAGGUUAGUCUCCUCAUCGCUCCACACAGAUCUGAUGUUUUCACCUAACACUAUUUUGGUUAAGUCACUUGCUUCAUGCAACUCAUGAUUUAUGUUUGUUCAUACUUUAUUUGUCAGAUCUGUUUCUAUUGAACUCUGUCACCUUUUGCUUUUAACCAUACACCAGCUUUUUCACCUCUCAAGUGUUUUUUUUUGUUUUCUUUUAGAUUUUAAUCCACUCAGGUUUUUAAUGUGCAAAUUGAAAAUGCAUAUGAUGAAAACAUUCUUACUGAGUGCACAAGAAAUGUUGGUGAUAAUCAGUCCUGCACAACUACAGCAAGUUUGUUAGGUCAAAGUUGAACCACUAAGUCAGUGUCUAAACUGCUGUGGAUAAUGAGUUGAACGUUUGAGUAAGGACAAAAUAGUCUUAGCCCAAUGUCCACUUACUUGCUAUCAGUCUCUAACAAAUAGAACAUGCUCAUGACAGUUGAAUUGUCUAGAAAACACUUGUAUCUGGACCUUGACUUGGAUUAUUUUGUCAGAAUUUGGGUAAAUUCGUAACAUUUGUCUUUGGCUAACCACAGUGUUGCUGUUGGCAUGUUCCCAGAUCACAGCAAUUAACUUGCUGAUGGUGAUUUAAAGAAAUAGUGCCCCAAAAAAAGUUGCCAUAAAUUGGAACAAUCCUUUGCGCUGAUUGGAUCAUCCAUACAGUAUAUAU